UUUACUUCAUACAAAUAGAUUACAAGAAACAAGUCAAGGGGGUUCAUCGGGGUACUCAAAAAGACAUACAAAUUAAAACCCUUUUACAAAGCAAACACAAGAGAUAAAAUCACAACAAAAUUUUGAAAAGAAGAAUGGCUUUAGAAGCACUUUCUUCCAAUGAACUUCUUAACUUCAUCAUCUACGAUACAAUCUCUGCCACCCCUUUUACCAGCAACAAUCUUGACCCCUCAAGUUCUGAAAAUGCUGCUUCUGGUACCUUACUUUUGGACCAUGAAAAUGGCUUAUUAACAUUACCUCAACAUUUUUGUGGUCAUGAGCAACAGUAUUCCACUGCCUCCGUGCCCGAAACUACUACCACCACCACCCGUAGGGAGAAGAAUUUGGCGGUGGCGCAAGGCGGCGGCCGGAAAAAGAGGAGGAGGAGACCUAAAGUUUGUAAGAAUAAAGAGGAAGCUGAGAAUCAGAGAAUGACUCACAUUGCUGUUGAGAGAAAUCGGAGGAAACAGAUGAAUGAACAUCUUGCUGUUUUACGUUCACUCAUGCCUGAAUCUUAUGUUCAAAGGGGUGAUCAGGCCUCAAUAGUUGGUGGCGCAAUUGAAUUUGUAAAAGAAUUGGAGCACAUUCUACAAUCUCUAGAAGCUCAAAAAUUUCUGCUAUUACAACAAGGUGGUGGAGAUGGUGAGGUACCAAGCGAAAAGUAUUUUCCGACACCAUUUGCUCAAUUUUUCUCAUAUCCACAGUACACAUGUUCUCAGUUACCAAACAAAUACACAUCAAAGAGCAAGGCAGCAAUUGCAGACAUAGAAGUGACUCUCAUUGAAACUCAUGCAAACGUUAGAAUCCUCUCAAGAAGAAGAUUUCGACAGCUCUCCAAAUUGGUAGCUGCCUUUCAGUCAUUGUACCUUAGUGUACUACACCUCAAUGUCACCACCUUAGAUCCAUUGGUUCUCUAUUCUAUCAGUGCUAAGGUGGAAGAAGGUUGCCAACUAAACUCAGCAGAUGACAUAGCAGGUGCAGUCCACCACAUGCUAAGAAUAAUUGAGGAGGAAGCAGUUACCCUUUCUUGCCAAGCCUAGGGGACAGACCCCCUUUUAUCUUUAUGAUGUUUUUUCUAGUUUGAAUCCACUGGACAAAGAAAAAAAAAGAGCUCGUUGAUCAAUGCUACAUAUGGAGUACUAGUAGUUCUCUCUUUGUCCUUGUACGUACAAAAUGAGCUGUGAUGUUGUUUAUAAUGUGGCUAAUGCGAGUACAAUUAUUAGGGCUUUA